GUGAAGCCGGCGCGGCGCUUGCUGCGAGUUCAAUGUGACCGCUGAACCUCUGCGAAAAUGACGGUUUCCGCCUCCCACCCAGGCUUGUGUCGAGGACCGUGAAUCCCUGGAGCUUCAUUCCCAAGAGCCGAGAUUCUGACCUACCUUCGGACACUCUGAGAACCCUUUCCAUAGACGAAAAACAAUCCUUAUCUCAUCCGGAAGGAGACACGAAGCGCAUCAUCGGAGAUCAAAAUGAAGAGUUUCUGCAUCGCUCUCAUCUUGCUGCUUUUCGGCGGUGUCUUCGGAUUCCAUCAUUUUUAUCUUGGGAGAAUUCGACAUGGUAUCCUCUACAUGUUCACAUUUGGCUGCUACGGAUUCGGUGCGUUAUACGAUUUCAUGCGAUUGCGGCAUUACGUUCGGUGGGCUAACUUCGAUAAAGACUUCAAAGAAGAAUAUCUCGCAAAGAUACGUCGGGACCCUGAACCGUCGUUGAGCGUAGGGCGCAUGAUGACCUUGAUGUGUCUUCCUCAAGCUUUCGGAACAGUAGUCAGGUAUGCUCUGCCGGAGGAGCUCUUGAACCCCUACGUCCACACUGCGCUCACGAGUCUGAUCAUGCCGUGCGCUGAGGCAUUCGUCGUUUGGUUCGUCGGCAACAUCGGCGAAUACGAAGGGAACUUCAAAGACGCACUAAGAGGAGCUUUCUACGUUUUUCCACUUUAUUUAUUUUCUGCGACAAACACAACCGCCGACCUGAUAUGUGCCUUGGUUGCGCAGUACUUCUUCCGAAAGAACUGGAGGUACCGUCUUAAGCCCGAGCCGUCUCGACCUUUUCUCUACAACGUGGGGAUCGUACUCUUCUUCUUCACAGUGUUCUCCCUGUUGUUCGUGUCGAUGCUGAUGUUCUCCUGUGAGAUCGAGAAGGACGGCGAACAGAUAAAAUGCAGAGACGCCUUGCGGCGUUUCUUCACAUCACCGCUCUGGCAAGACAUUCUCACUUCGCUGAGGAGCAUCAAGAACUCAAUCGCAGAAGGAGGAUGGGAAAACUUCCGAAAUACUCUCGUGGGUUUGAUGGAUCCCACCGGAGAGCUUCACGCGUACAGAGUCUUAGGAGUCGACGGGAAAACAUCGGAUGAUGACAUAAGGAAAGCUUAUCGUCAACUCUCGAAGCAGUACCAUCCUGACAAGAACCUGCACAAGAACACCGCGGAAGCUGAGGAAGCCGAAUACAAAUUCAUGGAGGUUCAAGAAGCUUUCGACAUUCUGCAGCUGAGGAGGAGCAAACAAGCGGAGUCUGGGAGCGAUUGA